AUGAUCUGGUCAGGAAGCGGAGCUGACGAGAACCUUGUCGAAAACAUUCAUACCAGAAUUUUCAGGCCAUCAUCCCGCUCUGCGCGACCUCGAACUAAUCCAAGCAUCGAUAGCCGGCCCAGCAAUUCGUCACAGGCCGUGGGAAUCACAAGCCAACGGCCAGCUGCCGCUCUUUGCUCCAGAGGCCGCACUCCGAGGGCAGUGACUGCUUCCAUCUCGACUGCAGCGCCACCCUCGACCUCAUCAUCGCUCCGGCGCAUCGCACAGCUUAAAGGCUUGUGCCGCCAGCACCCAAAACUGCGCCUGGGGUACAUCUCCGACUUGCAGGCCACCAUGAGCGUCGCAUACGAGCCUCGGUCCUUUAUCCAUGAGGGCGCAUAUCCCCCCAUAGGCGACGAGCACGACCACGUUGCCGAGCAGCGUUAUACCGACUCCGAUGUUGCCGAGCACCUCAGCCAUUAUACCGCAGAAGCCUCUCUGCUACCGGACGACAGAGGCGUCAUUGGAGACGAAAGAGAUAUUCUAGCAGACGACGAUGCCGUCGUUCCGGAAGCGUCUCAGCUCGACCUAGGAGCACCAGAAUUCUCAUCGCCUCUUCAAGUUGCGCUGCAUGCGCCGCCACUCCCAGAUCCCAUACCGGAAAACAAGGAGCCUCCACGAAGUGACAUAUCUUCUCCGUCAUCGCGGCUAAAACAAAUUCCCAAGCCCGAGCGUGAGGUUCACAAGAAGUCAGACGGCAAGUUUCACUGCCCACUAGAUGACUGUAAGGAGGAUAUUCGAGCAUUCUCUCGCAAGUGCGAAUGGAACAAACAUAUGGACAAGCACGAACGUCCCUACCGUUGCCCGGCCGAAGGUUGUGAGAAUUUACCUGGGUUUACAUAUUCCGGCGGCCUUCUCCGACAUGAGCGAGAAGUUCAUGGGAAGCACGGCGGUCCCAAGAACACUGUCAACUGCCCCCACCCCAACUGCAAGCGACAUACUGGCAAGGGCUUUUCUCGGCAGGAGAAUCUUAACGAGCAUCUUCGACGAGUACAUACCAACAUGGACACCUCUGCCUCUCCAAUCGAAAUCGUUGCUUCCCCAGAAGACGAUGAGAGCGAGAAGUCUGGGUCGAAGCGCAAACGCCGUCUGAGCAGCCAGGGCAUAGAUGAACUGUCCGACCUUCGAGACGAAAUCAAGCGGGUGCGAGAGGAGAACGAAAAGCUCAAGUCCGAGAUGGAUCAACAAUCACAGCACUCUCUAGCCAUGAUGGCACAGAUUGCAGAGCUGCAAGACGCCUUACGUCACAGCCUCAAUCCUCAUGGGCUUGGAGCCCCAACAGCACAGAUGAUCUAG